AUGGAGGUUACCCAAUCUGUACUCGGAACUUCAUCUGAUUUAAACGAAGAAGAAGGCACCAUUCACUGUGGGGAGAAACCAUACACGUGUUCUGAGUGUGGAAUAGGAUUCAGCCGAUCAUCUGGUGUGCUGAAGCACAAACACAGUCACGUCAGAGAGAAGGCUUGGAAAUGUGGCGACUGUGGGAAGGGAUUCAAUUACCCAUCAGACCUGGAAAGGCACCGGCGUGGUCACACUGGACAGAAACCGUGGAAAUGUGGAGACUGCGGGAAGGGAUUCAAUUAUCCUUCUCAGGUGGAAAUUCACCGACGGAGUCACACUGGGGAAAGACCGUUCACCUGCUCCAAGUGUGGCAAGGAAUACUCCCAGGUAGCUCAUCUGCUGAAACACCAGCUGGUUCACACCGACGAGAGACGUUAUAAAUGUCCAGACUGCGGGACCUCCUUCAAAAGUUCCGAGAAAUUGAUAUCCCAUCAACCUGUGCACACUGACGAGAGGCCAUUCAGAUGCACUGACUGUGGAACUGCAUUCAAGCGAUUGUCUCAACUCAUUGUCCACUAG